UGUGGGCCAUGGUCGACAAAGGCAUCACACCUUCACACCGUCGCGCUCGAGCAAUGAAUUUUUACAAACAGGCGGCACAGAUUCUGGACAGGCUGGGCAAGAAGGAGGGUUCCAUCAAGGGCCUGACCCUGGGGAAUGCAGAGGUGACAGACAAAAAGCGCAUGUAUGCACUUAUCUGCGAAACAUUAAAGCAUAAUACGACGCUAUCAUUAGUAUUACAGGAGUCCAAGCUUUUGACACUGGAGAAGAAGUUGACCAGAUCGCUAGCAUUGCUUCUGUUACACGACCUAUUAUUCCAGAACCGGGGCAUCCAGGCCUCAGACGCAUGGCCCAUGAAGCAGGCAGUGAUGAAGCACAAGGCACGACUGAAAGCCGAGUUUGUGAAAGCGAAGAUCAAAGUCGGAGCCAAGAAGGAUGGUCUGAUCGAAGGUGAAGAAGAAAUUCUGAUGCCUAGAUAUGUACGGGUUAAUCUUUUGAUGAUGACACCUCAGCAGGUUAUUGAUGCCUUUAUCGCCGACAACUGGGCAUUCCUGCCGGCACCACCCUCACCAUUCGCACCACCCCCACCCAACACCUUCCAUCGCGACGAACACUUGGACUUUAUGCUCGUGUUCCCGCCAAAGUCAGAUCUCCACCUUCACCCACUCUAUGUCUCUGGCGUCCUGAUUCUACAGGAUAAAGCGUCGUGUUUCCCAGCAGCAAUUUUGUCACCGCCCAAGAACGCGUACGUGAUCGAUGGAUGUGCUGCGCCCGGAAACAAAACUAGUCAAUUGGCUAUGGGAAUGGGCAAUGGUGGCAAGAUUAUUGCAUGCGAUCUGGAUCUUCGGCGGCUCAAUAUCCUCAAGCGGUUAACCACGAAAGCAGGAUGUACAAACAUCACGGCUCUGAACACUUCGUUCUUAACAUUAGACACCUCUACGGAGGAUCAUUCAAAAGUUACACAUAUUCUGCUGGACCCCUCGUGCUCUGGAUCAGGAAUCGUUAAUCGCAUGGAUCACCUUGUAGACGCAUAUGCAGAAGAGCAGGAACAAGCAAGCAUUCUCGAAAGUACUACGACCGGUGGUGCUGCUGAACGUGCCGUGGCCGAAGAGAAAAAGAAAGAACGUCUCAAAUCGCUAGGAGAGUUCCAGAUCGAGUGUGUGACCAAGGCAAUGACGUUCCCGAAUGUGCGGCGGAUCAGUUACUCGACCUGCUCGAUCUAUGCGGAGGAGAACGAGCAUGUUGUGACGACGUUACUGAGGAACCAUUGGCCCCAGUGGAAACUGUCUCCGCGGUCUAAGGUCCUACCCACGUGGCAUCGACGCGGAUACCCAGCGGAUGUCGGCGAUAUUCCAGGACUGGUUGAGACAGACGAAGAUAGAGCUAAAGUGGCCGAUUGUUUGGUUCGCGCCGUACCUGGAGGCCCGGAUGGAGACUUGAUGAACGGGUUCUUUGUGGCGUGCUUUGAACGCGUGAGCAAGAAUGAUAACCCAGGGCUCUCGCCAACGUGGAAAGGACCAAGCAUCGGAGUCAAGAGGGCACAUGACGAUAUAACAUCUAAUGGGGCAGCGGCAGCUACCGUCUCCACCGCAUCAGCCAACAAAAAGAAGAAGAACAAGAAGAAAAAACAGAAGGCUAGUACGGCCGAUGGUGGCGCAACAGAGACGGUGACAGAUUCCAGCGCUGGUCCAUCUGAAAAGAAGGCUAUGGAGGACGAGGAUGAAGCGUCCGAUGGGGAGUAAUUAAACAUCCUUGCUGUAAAAUGGUUUCAAUUGCUUACCUUCCGCGCCCUCGUGCAUUUGGAUUAUUAAUGUAGGGUGGAGGCUGGUUGGCAUUUCAACAGACCAUGAACAGCACGAGCACCUCUUGAUUUUAUUAAUAAGACACAUAGUCG